CGAUAGCAUUGAUUUGAAUAAGCGUGAUAAAAAAUAAUUUAUGUGCAUCCAUAUAGAGCCUACGAGAGAACUUUUAGAAGAUUCACUAAACGAUGGAGUUAAUAACGAGACGCCUUGUCCAAGGAUGGAACCCACUGAGACGAGCGGAGAACCACCUGCUUAUUUUCCACAAGCAGGAGAUGAGCUUCCAGCACAGCCAGCAGAACAGAUGGACGCGAUUGGUCCAUGGGCAACAGGUCGUGUAACGUUUACUCCAAAAGAUGGUUUGACAGGAGUCAGACCAGUUGUAGAUCGAUACUCUGUUACCGGCUCUGGAGCACCCGAAUGGAGAGCUAAUAACGAGAAAUUUUUUAAACAGUCAAAUGAAAAAAUUCGAGAAGCUCAGCUUGCUGUAAAUAAUGCAAAACGAUGCGUCGAACGAUCAUAUAGAGAAGCGGACAAGAUACAACUGGAAUCGACGGAUCAUUUGAGAAAUCGAGCCAACGAGGUGAACCGUUGGAAAACCGAAUUGGAACAUUUGAUACUUAAGAUCACCGAAGAAAUAGAAUUGUUAGAAGGUGAACUUCGACGUGUAAAGCAAACUUUGUCGGUUCUCACGGUUCCAGAAUCUAUCGCUGGCGAAUUCUUGCAUUUGCGAUCGAAACGUUUAGAAUCUGACCUCAUCCGAGACGAAGUUGAAGAGGAGCUUACGAAAGAGGUAGCACUUUGCUCAGAGAUACGUGACUUGUUAGGUAGGACACGAGAGCAAAUCGAAUUGCAAUUAUUUGAACUAAAGGCCGCGAAAGUAAGAAUGGAAGUAGAUUGGACUGAUAAAACUGAUGCUUACUCCAUCGAUUCGGAAUGUAUGCAAUUGAAAAAUAAUUCUUCCAUCAUAUUAUGGAAACCUGGAGCUACAAGAUUUCCAGCAGAACAAUCAACACCUUCGAGUUACGAACAUUACACACGAGAAAGUCUGACUGAUGCGGAAGCAACUAGACAAAGAUCCGUAAAUUUAAGAACCACUUUAGAUUCUAUAUAUAAAAAUUCUAUUAAAGAUCUUCGUGAUCAAGCGACCCGCGUAGAUCUUGUUCUAGGUCAAAAGAUUAAACUUACAGAAGACGUACGUCUGCAGUUAGAAAAAGAAUUGCUUCGUUGUUUACACGAACUUGCAAACACCGAAAAAUCAAUAGAAGAGCUUCGUCAAUCGGCAAGGGGAAUGGAUUAUGCCAUGAAAGUAGCACAAACACGAUUAGCGAAUAGAUUACAGCGUCGCAAUGUGGACAGUUGUCGCGAUACUCCCCAAUUUGCACUUAUGCAAGAAGUUAAAUUACUUAAUGAACGGACAUCUGCUAUGCUAGCAGAGUUGAAGCGGGCCGAGGAGACUCAAGCUGGUUUGGUAAAAGCGAGAAGUGAUCUUGAACGGGAAAUAAUGGUGAAGCGUAAAACAUUGUAUAUAGAUAAACAACGUGGACAGUUACUGCGUUCAUUUUAUCCUGCGACUAUCUAACAACUCUUAAACAU